GCAUGCCGUUCCAGGCAGCCUGUUGGUUCUGAAGUUUCGUAAUGGCCAUGUCGGAGCACUGCACGCAACCAGGUGUGUGACUGCGUCAGGGAGCAUGGUUGUGCAUUCAAAUCCCAGCUGUGAGAAUGCUCGGCCCAUCAUCCCUCUGAGACCAAUACAAUUACUACUAAUUUGUGGAAGUCAACAGUGUUUCGCCUAUUGAUAGUCCCGACCCCUUAGGAGGAAUGUGGAAUUUGCACCGCUGGCGUAAGGACUUCAACAAAGCGUCCGGACCGACGUCGCCCCUGUCCCGCCCGCCCUUGGCGCGGCCGUUCGAGUCGGCCGAGCUGGAGAUGGAGCGUGCGGCCUCGCGUCGACACUCGCACAGCUGCAUCCCCGAGCCACCGCCACCGACGCUGGUGCCCCAUUCGUACCGGCGGAGACCGUCGGCACCGGCCAACCGCGAAACGUGGGACGGCUUCCCCCGCUCACCGGUCUCCUCGCUGGCAGACGGCAUGCUGGAUAAACUCGACCUUUACGGGGACGAGGAUUCAGAAGACACGGUGUACACGCGCUUCAUGAAGGCGCACAGAUGUUACGACAUCAUCCCAACCAGCUCCAAGCUUGUGGUGUUUGACGUCUCGCUGCAGGUCAAAAAGGCCUUCUUUGCCCUGGUGGCCAAUGGAGUGAGGGCUGCACCAUUGUGGGACAAUCACAGGCAGGCCUUCGUGGGAAUGCUGACUAUAACAGACUUCAUCAACAUCCUUCACAGAUAUUACAAGUCUCCACUGGUACAGAUCUACGAGCUGGAGGAACACAAGAUCGAGACGUGGAGAGAGUUGUACCUCCAAGAUUCCUUCAAGCCCCUGGUGAACAUCCCUCCCCACGCCAGCCUCUUCGAUGCUGUCAACUCGCUCAUCAAGAACAAGAUUCACCGGCUCCCCGUUGUCGACCCCGUGACAGGAAACGCGCUCUACAUCCUCACGCACAAGCGCGUGCUGCGAUUCCUCACGCUUUUCAUGUCAGAGAUGCCACAGCCUCCGUUCAUGAAGCACUCCCUGGAGGAGCUCGGUAUCGGCACCUUCCGGGACAUUGCCAUCAUCCACCCCGGAACGCCUGUCAUCUGUGCCCUCUCCCUGUUUGUGGAGCGACGAGUCUCGGCCCUUCCUGUCGUCGAUUCUUCUGGAAAGGUUGUGGACAUCUACUCCAAGUUUGAUGUCAUUAACUUGGCAGCGGAGAAGACCUACAACAACCUGGACGUGACGGUGACGCAAGCACUGCGGCACCGCUCACAGCACUUCGAGGGUGUCAUGACGUGUAGGCGUAACGAGCAGCUGCAGACCAUCGUCGACCGGCUUGUGAAGGCAGAGGUUCAUCGUCUGGUGGUGGUGAACGAGAGCGAUGUUGUAGAAGGAAUAGUGUCACUUUCAGACAUCUUGCAAGCGCUGGUGCUCACUCCCGCAGAUAAUGACAAGGAGAAAUAGCGGCACCGCCUCUGCAAAGUGGAUGGCUUUCCAUCCCUGUCACCGAUGCACCACCUCUGCUGUCAAGGGAUAGCCGUGGUUUUGAGUUUUUUAAUUUUAAUUAUAUUUUUCCAAUGAGACCUUAUCAAAGGCUUGAAGAAGGGACAGCCUCAUGUUAUAUAUCUCUAUACUGUAUUUAGGAGGGACGUACGCUGAGACGGGCAGUUUGACGUAGACAAAUGGAUGUACAGACAGGCGAAUGGACAGAUUGUGAGACUUUAAGACACAUGGACGGGCAGAUAUGGAUGUAGACAAAGCAAUAGAUGGAUGCCGACAUUUGGCUGAUUGAUGGACCAAUGAAAUAGUUGGACGGACAGGUAAAUGGAUGAUUACAGCACUAGAUAUAUUUACGGACACAUUAGCCCGAUAUGCAUAACAGACAAGACCGAGAUAAAAUGGACAGUCAGACAGUGAGAGAAGAUGGUGCAACAGAUUGACAGACCAACUUAAGGACCUACAGACGCACAUAUAAAUUGACCUGCACGUAUUUGAAUAACUAUACAGAGUCAAUGACAGGGGCAGCUGAUGUCCCAUAAAGUCAAUGAAGAUGCACGCACGGACAAACAGACGGACAGACAUUGGGACAGAUGGACAAAGGGGAUAACGGAGAGAGCAAGUUGAGAUUGAGAGUGACCUGGCAAGGAGCUGAGGCCUCGUGAUGCAAUCGUCACUGGGAAUUUGGCCUUGGGGGAUGAGGUGUUCUUCAGCUGUUCGUCUGUUGCCGUUGACGUCAUUAUUUAUUUCCGUUAUCCGCGAUUGAUUACCAUGUUUGUUAUUACGAUGUACUUGAUGUGUUGCUCCCGUUUAGUAGGCAUGUGACGAUUCAUUGCUCGGUUGGUUAACAUCGAUUCAGAAUGCUCGCAUGGAGGUGUGCGUUUGUAAGCAGAGCUGCCUCAUCACGAAGUGGGACCCGUGUGUAGAUGAGAUGGGGGAGGGGGGGGAGACUGGGCUUAGAGACGUAUAGAUACGUGAAAACAACCGCAUGAAUAGACGUAGAUAGACACGAAGUUGACAGACGCAGACUCUUUAAAAAGACACUCGCAUGAACAUGGCUUCAUGGACGCAGAAGGUGACGGUCAAAAAUAGAGUUGCAGAAGGAAUACUGCAAAGAUUGAGAAAAACCACGCACAAAAACUCGUAACAGAUUGAGAGGCACACAGACUAUAACAUUAUUUUGGGGCCUUCAAGGUGUAAAAGCCUGGCACCCAUGCAUGCAAGCAUUUAUUCGUUCAGAUGUGCAAAUUGUGAUAGCUCUGUCGAUUCACCUUGCUCUCUUAUAGGAUCGCACACGUAUCGCAAGUGCAAAGAGUGGGUCGGAUCCGGACUCUGAAUCGUGAUAAUUGCGGGCAAAUUGUUACAUCCCUACUGUUGAAGGAUAUUGUCAUCUUGAUUUUUGUAUCAUUCUAAUCAUUGUUAGUCAUUGUGAUGAUUGUUACACACUUUCAUUAUUGUUCACGUGUUAGUGUAUUUAUGUUGUCACCAUUGUUAUUUUACCAUCGUUAUGCAUUUGGGUAUGAUACAAUGCUCUCAAGGGUCAUUGUUGUUUGUGUCAAUAUUGUAAUUGUCAUUUUAAACGCUGUUAAUGCUGGUAUUGCAUUGUUUCAUCAUGUUGCUGUUGUUGAGAGGCUGUAUAGUCUGUGUGGUGGUUAACGCAACAAUGUGGGGAUGUUAAUACAAUGGUGGCGGAGAUGACCGUGCCACCCAUGACAAUGAUAACCAUUAAAAUAAUGAAGAUUACGAUUGUGAGAAUGAUAAUAACGAAGAUGGCAACGGUGGUGGUGACCCCACUACGAUGACGAUUAUAUUCCGUGACGGUGGAUGAUAACGAUCGAGACGCCACAAUGCUGACCGUGGAAGAUUGACUUUUUAAUUACGACCACGAUUGUGAUGAUGAAAUUACAUUGCAUUGCUGGUGAUAACGUCAAUGAUAAGCAUCACGAGUGGCAUCAAUAGACAGGACUGUCGAUGACAUGAAUGCGCCGAGGCUGAUAUAUGCAAUAGACAUUUCCAUUCAGCCGUAAUCGACAUGAAAUGAUCAAUGAGAUCAGUUAUCACAAAAAAGUACCGAUGCACGAUGGCAAUUACAAUGAUAUGGAUAACAACGUUGAUAAGUAGCAAGGUUGUUGGAACUAGUCGCAUACAAAAGCCAGUUGAUGACUGCUCAUUAAUUAUAUUUGUGGCAUGACAGUGACCAUUAAUGAAUGAAAACUUGCUGCCAACAGACUUAAGGACGAUGAUGCUGAUAUUGGAAGAUCAACCACGCCAUCACCAUGAGCGCUGUGAUGGUCCUGAGAAUUGGACAUCAAAAUUGAUCAGCGUUAUUAACAAUAGACAGCUUUGUAACAAUGGUUAUGGCAGGAGUUGGUGAUGAUUGCGAUGCUUCCUAUUUGCACACCUGCCUUUAAAUCUGACCAUAAAGUUGGCAAAGAGCAGAACACUGUUGGAACUUGAUUUAUUCUUGUAGAUAAACUUAAUGGUUAAUUUGUUACUGGGUUUUUUUAAAUUGUAUGUUAUUUUUAUUGUUGCUGUUGAUGAUUUCCUUGUGUUUUUUUUAUAUUGUUUUGAGUUAACAGCAGAGUGAAUGCUGAUAUAGCGUUCGAUAAUGGAGGUUUGUUAAAUGCGUUAGUUUUAGAAUAACACCGAAAAAAAUGUUAAAGGGCGUUAUGCAUUUUGAUGGUAAUAUUUUCCAUGGUCUUGCAUUACAUUUAUUUGGGUUUUUUGUUAUAAAUAAAUUAGUUUUACAAAUUCUACCUUUGCAAAAACAGGCAAAUUGUUUUUAAAAAAGGUGACAUUACAAAACACUAGAAAACAUGAAUGUUCAUACCACAUCGUGGGCCGCAGAAUUAAGCAGUGCCUAAAAAAAACAUGAGAAUUAAUAAUAUCCGCUGGAAUUUAUACGAUCUAAUCUGCAUUAUAAGAGUAAAUAUCAAACCGAGGCAUCGUUUGUCGAUUAAAUUUGACCAAAUAAAAAAAGAACCCCUUCCCAGCCUAACAAGGAGUACAUUGUAAUGACGCACAUUUAAUAAUCAAAAUUAAACCUCAAGUUUCCCGCCCUCCCCCGUUAGAAACAGGAUUACCGUUUUUUUAAGUGGAUUUAACCCAAUGUCCAACAAUACUGUAGGUGAGCUGGUACAGCACUUGGCCAGAAUUGCCAAGAUCCCAAGUUUGUAUCCAGGUGGCGAACACCUGCAAUUAAACCAUCCGUGCAUAGUAAGCAGACGAUGUUUGUCCCCCCCCCCCCCCCCCCCCAUUAGAAACAUGUGACUUCACAACACAAUAUAUAUUAGCCCCCCUCCCACGUAAUUUAAGCCUACCUCAACCGAUGGCUAAACUUCACAAACGAAAUCCCAGGAGCGACACUCACGGCGAAGCUCUCUUUUAUUGCAGAGCAUGGCGACGCAGUCGUCGUCAUCUUUGGUGAGGAAGGCUCAAGAUGGCAAUGCAGUCGUCAUCUUGGGUGAGGAAGGUCCAAGAUGGCGACACAGUCGUCAUCUCGGGUGAGGAAGGCCCAAGAUGGCGACGCAGUCAUCUCGGGUGAGGAAGGCCCAAGAUGGCGACACAGUCGUCAUCUUGGGUGAGGAAGGCCCAAGAUGGCGACGUCAUCUUGGGCGAGGAAGGCCCAAGAUGGCGACGCAGUCGUCAUCUCGGGUGAGGAAGGCCCAAGAUGGCGACGCAGCCGUCAUCUUGGGUGAGGAAGGCCCAAGCAAACCACCGAGUUCCUGAAGACGAUUGUGUCAGACUUGACGAUUGUGUCAGACUCCACAUUCACCACGUGGGGGGGACGGGUCGCAUAAAUACGUCGCCUUGUCUCGUGUGACACCAAUCCAAUAGCACGAUUGGAUACGUGUUAAAAAAUGGGAAAUGUCAAAAUAAUUCAGUGAAAAUUAAAAAAACAAAGCGUCGCUCCAGAUAUUAAGUCUGAUUGAGAUUGUGGUCUCGGUGGAGGCUGCGGUGUCCACGCAGUGCUGUGGUGGUGCCAAGCGUCGUGCGAGGCAUGAUGGGAGAGGGGGUGAUCUCAUGGUCACAAUCUGAAGCUUUUGCCGUCCAGAAUUCACCUUCCGCGUGUAUGGUUAUCGUUGCUCGCUUCAAGGCUGGGUCGUACGAUGCGUAUUCAUGGAACAUGUAAUUCCGUAGCAUGGUGUUGUGUACGUUUGUUACUUAAUCACAAGGUGUGCCGAUUGUGUGUGUGUGUGAACUGGCCAUUCCAUUUGCUAAUGCAGUUUCACGCAUCUUGCACAGCAGAUCGCUUAUUUGGGAACCGCAUUUUAAAUGAAUGAACAGCCCAUAAAGCAGCGCACAAUAAAUAAUGAUAAUCCUACUGCAUACGUUUCCACGCUUGUGUGGUGCAGCUCCGAUGUGUUUGCGGGUUGCACUUUGUGUUGUUUGGUGCCAUGUCCGACGUUUCGCUCAAACGUGCUGGGAGCGUGUGGAGCGAAACCGUUGGAUAUCGUGCCGAUCAAACGACACAACUUCAAAGUGAUUUUGCUCACCGAGUGUCUUGCAUUGUUUUCACCGAUUGCUCAUUGGAUAUUAUUUUUUUGCAUAGUAGAGGAAACUGAAACACCCAGGCGAAAACCCCAUGCUCAUGAGCGUACAUGACGGAAAGUUCCGUACAGGUAGGUGAGCUACCACCUACUUGCUGUACUACAGUCUCCUACAAGCCGCCCUGUGGCCUUACGGAUUUGAGGUCUUGCUCACGUGAUCGUCUGUCGAAGCCUCCAAGACACUGCAUUACAAAUUUCGUGUUUAAUGUUUGUCACAUUAUCCAUGCGUGCCGAUUACCAAUUCGCUUAAAAGCCAAGCGGGUUCGAGCCUGGAUUUGUCGUCAGAGGCUCUGGGUGGCAUGCAGGAGGGCAGUGCAGAAAGGAAAAAAAAACAUUCUUGCACUCUUAUGCUUCUACAUCAAAGCCCUUUCUGCCUUCACAAAGCCACACUGACCAGCGUGGUGAAGUAUGGUUAAAUAGCCCCUAUUACCUGCACGGGAAGAGGCCCUCAUCCGGUAAUGGGUCGACAAAAGGGCUGUGCGCUACGAACAUGUUUGGAGAUGGUAUUGAAAGGUGUCCCUGUAAAAAAAGGCAGUACAGCAAGGAGGUUAUUCAAUGCAUAUUGUGCUUCAUUAGCAUUAAGUGGGGGUUUCCUUUGAUUUUUUUGUCUGGGUAUGCCGUUUCUACCAAAGUGCAAAAAAAUACUUCACGAGUAGGUAACUAAAAGGGAGUGUUCUAAAAUCAUAAGCCUCCUGAAAAAGCCUUGAUACUCAAUUGUUGCAACGAAACUUGUGUUGAAAGGAAAAGCCACUUGGCACCAAGCAUUCACUCGGCAGUGGACAGAGCGUGGCCGAUCUCAAGUGCUUGUGACCCCCAAAACCAUUUGUGAGGGCAUGGCAGUGGGACACCCAAAAGGUCGAUAACGAUGCGAGGCCGGGCCAUGUGACUUCGAGAGUUGGCACACAAAUUAUCACUAGCCAGGAAGGCCUCAAAUUAUCCCUUUGGUUUGGAGACCUUUAAUUUGGCUUUCAAAGCCACACACGUCGGCCUUGUGGAGACAAGUGGCAGGUUAGUUUGGAAGACCAAGUUCACUCACGGCCUCAUGGUUUGGCUUUGAAACCCUUAUAAUUGGCUGGGCAGGCCUUGUGCUUGGUUGGAUGGUUGUCAUGUUACAGGCGAGGCGGCCUCAGCUGCUUAGGCGGCCGUACCUUUGAUGGGAAAUGCCUCAAAUGCGAGUUUGGAAUAUCUCAAGGUUGCCUUGGAAGCUUGAAGCUCCAGGGAAUUAUUCCAGCAAGUCCGGUCCCAUAUACACACUGCAAUUCGUUUGUCCGUGUUUGUUUUGUCGUUUUCCCUUCAUCCCCUCAUCCUCCCUUGAACAUGAAGCAAGGAAAACGUUGCGUCGUCGUCGUCCCCCCCAAAUCAAAGCCAAAAUUGCAAUGUUAAAUAAACGAGACUGCAUGCAGUCAAUGGCA